AUGGCUACCUCAGCAGCAAGCAUCCCAGAUGAUACCAAGGUUGAUUCAGUAAAUCAAAUCUCCCAAGCUACCAUCAUCGAGCAUGAUGAACAGCGCCCCCCUAUCGUCAAUGCCAAUUCAUAUCUUGACGACGAACACGUCAACUUGGGAUGGAGAUCGUGGAUGGUUGUUUUUGUGACUUGCUUUGCGAACGGAGCACAGGUGUUUGUUGUCACUGCCGCUGGGUCAGUAAUUGCAUUCAUCGUUCGUGACCUUGGAGAUGCUGCAAUUGCGGGAUGGAUCAUCCAGGGACCUCUGCUAAUGCAAAGUGCAUUGUCCCCUGUUGUUGGGCGGCUGUCAGAUGUUCUGGACCGCAAGUAUAUCGCUGCUCUCACGCCACUCAUCGCAUUUGCUGGUGCAGUCGUAUCUGCCCGAGCGAAUUCAAUGAAUAUGCUCAUCGGUGGUGGUAUACUCAUCGGAGUAAACCUGUCUACGGUGUCGAUCGUUCAUUCCAUUCCGUCAGAAAUCCUGCCAAUGAAAUAUCGACCCCUGGCAAACGGCUUUGGGUACGUGGCAGGUGCAAUAGGAGGCCUAGUCGGUGUUCUUGGAGCCGGCGGCGUCACGAAUGCCAAUGCAGGUGGCUGGCGCACAAUCUUCUGGAUGCAAGCAGCAUUCUACCUCGCCUCCUCGUUAGGCCUUUUACUUUUCUACUGGCCGCCGCGAAGAUCAGAUUACCCAAAAAUGACUCUAUCACAAUAUAUCUGGGUUUGCGAUCCCAUCGGUUCUAUCCUUUUUAUGGCUGGUGCUCUCCUGACUCUUCUGGGUUUUGAUUGGUCGGGAGGUGCCUACCAUUGGUCUAACCCUCAUGUUGCCGCCCCACUUGGUAUUGGUCUUAGUCUUCUGGUGAUGUUCUGUCUUUAUGAAUGGAAGGGCAGGAACGAUGGUUUGGUAGCUCACGUCUUCUUUCAGGGAGGACCGAACUUUGCUCUUUCAAUUUUCACUUUCUCUGUUGAAGGGUGGAUAUUUUACAGCGCUGUGAAUAGCGUCACUCCUCAAGUGGUGCUAAACCUAGGAUUCGAGAGUACUGCCUGGAAUGUCUCAAAGAGACAGCUAUAUUACAACGUUACCACUCUACUAUCCUCAAUUCCAAUAAUAUGGUACGCAACAAAAUACAAAGAUCUGAAAAGUCCGUUGCUACUAACGCUGGUAAUAUUUCUCGUUGUCGUCAUAUGUUACACCUGUAUCUCCCCUUCAAUGGAGAAGGCACAGAUCGGCUUUAAUGUUCUCAGUGGCAUCGGGCAAUCAGGACCACUUUCGCUUCUUGUGGCACUCAUACAAUUUACCGCUCCCCAUGCAUACCUAUCAACGGCCACUGGCCUCGCAUUCUCUGCCCGUGCAAUUGGAGGAGCAUUCGGCUCUGCCGUGCUCUCUGCCAUCAUUAACGGCAAGCUAGCCUCGACAUAUGUACCGAGCAUUUCUUCCACAGCUCAUGAUCAUGGGCUUCCUGAGUCAUCAGUGCCGCUGUUGAUCUCGGCUUUGAAGUCUGGAAAGCAAAGUUCACUCAACGCAGUUCCUGGAAUCAAUCCCAGCAUUCUCGCAGCUGUUACGAAAACAAGUCACACUUUAUAUGCACAUGCAUAUCGACUGGGCUAUGCAUCCAUCAUUCCGUUUGUGGUGUUGGCGAUUGUUGCUUCUGCAUGUUUGAAGGGGGUGAAGGAUCUCAUGACAGAACACGUUGAGGCUACUGUUGAGAAGAUUCCGAACGAGAAAGUUGCCGAGGCUUAA